UCAACGUGAGGUUUGUUUAUAAAUAAAAGUAAAAAUAUAUUUAUAUUGAAAAAUGGCAAGUUUUAUAAUAAAAAGGAAUAAAAUGUUUCAUUGUUACCUGCAGCGUUGUCUAUACACGACUCGAAGUAAACUCGCCCCGGCUUCCGUCACUCUGGACGAAUCCACCGAUCAAGCACUGGAUGCCGGUAAGUUCAAGCCAAGGCAACACGAAGGCAGGCUAACGACUGGAUGCAUCAGCGUUCCAGAAUCAAUUGUCAGUGCUAUACUACGAAGCUGCAAAGACCAUCCGGUGAAAGCACUGCAGGCCGAAGGAAUAAAGCUGGACAAUUUUUUACGAUCGCGUAAGGCGCCACUGGAACACAAUGCAAUAAGGCAGAAGAUCAAAGACUUGCGACAGUCCGUGGGUGAAGACUUCAAAUCCAAACUGGAUGUAUCGACGAUGUCAGAGGAACGUAUAACCUACAUCAACACAGUGAUUGAGGCUCAAGCAAAGAAGCGAGCCAAACAGCAAAUCUACGCCUGGAAACCGAUCGUCUACAACCAAUUUAAAAGUUUGCAAUAUUUGCUAGGCCGAUCAGCGGCAGAGUAUGCCGUGUUAAUGCGGAUAUUUGACGAAAUCCGGCACCGGGACGCGGAGUUCAAACCGCGUAGUUUUAUUGACUUUGGGUCUGGUGUUGGAACCGGUACGUGGGCUGUGUCCACUUUGUGGAAGGAUCACAUUUUUGAGUACGUGUCGAUUGACGCUUCCGCCGAAAUGAACGAACUGGCGGAAUUGCUUAUUCGUGGUGGCGAAAUUAACAAGGCCAUGAGUUUGAGGACCGUUUACUACAGACAGUUUCUGCCAGCAUCGCGCAAUAGGUACGACAUCGUGUUGAGUGCGUUUUCGCUGUUCGAGCUUCCAUCGAAGAAGAAUCGUCUGGAAGUUAUAGAAAAUCUGUGGAACAAAUGUGACGGCUAUUUAGUUCUGGUAGAGCAGGGCUCGUAUGCCGGAUUCUCAUUGAUUGAGGAAGCCAGGGAAUUUCUGUUGGAGAAAUUUAAAACCAGCGAAGUUGCAUACCACAUAUUUUCACCGUGUCCCCAUCAACAGCAAUGCCCUCGCAUGCAGUUAGAUGACGGCACACCGUGCAAUUUCGAAGCAAGUUACAAUCCGUUACCAUUGGGCAAAACAGGCGAGGUCUCCAAAUUUUUGUACUCCUACGUUGUGUUUAAAAAGGGAGAGCCAUGUACCCACUAUCCCCGCUUGGUUAGGCAAACAUUGGUGAGAUCGAAGCAUUCGAUUUGCAGAAUGUGUACUGAAAACGGAAAGUUACAAGAGAUAAUUUUCACAGCUUCAAAACAUGGGAAGAAUUUAUAUCGAUGUGCUCGGGCCAGUAAAUGGGGUGACCAAUUACCAGUAAAAAUAAAUGAAGUAUAAUUUAUGAAAUGGUAAGAAAAUGUUUGUACAAAUAUUAUGUAAAAUUUAAUAGAUGGUAUACUUUCUAAGAAGAAAACUUUGAAAUAGAAAAAAGUAUCAAACAUUAUAA